CAUUUUGUGAGAAGUGCUGAGAAAAUGGCAGGAACCUUCUUGGCGAUUAGUGCCGCAAAAACAUUGCGUGCACCCAGCAAUGCCCGUCUUAUGGGUAGUUACGCCAAAACUUUGAUCGGAUCCAGAGAAAUUGUCGGUUACGGUUUCAACGGUGAACCCACUUAUGUAGACCGCCCUGAUUUUCCCUUACCAGCCAUCCGAUGGAAGGAACCUAAUUCCGACAUCGCCAGCCUGCGCCAAAAGGAAAAAGGUGAUUGGAAACAAUUGUCGAUUGAAGAGAAGAAAGCACUCUACAGGGCUUCUUUCUGCCAAACUUUCGCAGAAUUCAAAGCACCCACUGGUGAAUGGAAAUCAACCAUUGGUCUUGGUCUUGCUUUAACAUCAAUGGCUCUUUGGUUGUACUUUGGUUUGAAAAUUUUCGUUUAUUCUCCAUUGCCAGACAGUUUCAAGCCAGAAAACAGAGAAGCACAAUUGAGGCGUAUGAUUGAUUUGCAAGUCAAUCCAGUACAAGGUCUUUCAUCUAAAUGGGAUUAUGAAAAGGAUGACUGGAAGAAGUAAAUUCUUAGUAAAUAUUUCAAAAUAUAAGAACGAGAUCAAUGAUGAAUGUUCACUAAGGACAGCGGUAAAUGUUCGUCCAUUUGUCUCGUAGUAAUAGUAAAUUUUUGCAACACUAUUGUAAUAAAAACGCCCGUGAUGUAACAUGUUUUAUUUUGAUUCCUUUUUUUUAUAAUUGUAAUUAAACACCUAAGGAGCUGUGCUGGAGUUUGUAAAAUAUGUUGCGAUGAGUAUUAAUAAAACGUUUAAGUUU